UCAAUCGCCCACAAUACACCCACAAUAACUCUGUGGUGGAUUAUCACGAUGUUGUCACCCAAUCCGGUAGUCAAGCUCGAGUCUUCUUCCCUUUAUAUUUCCACCACACAAAUCUUUGCGCGACAUGGAGCAUUCCAUUGGAUCAUAUACGUGACGGAUGCAGAUGGCAAAGCGUCCACCUAUCAGUGGAGUGAACAAGGAGGAACGCCUGGAUUGCAGGCAGAGGGCGUUGAUAUCCAAGAGCUUCAUCCUGUCACCACAUAUUCCUCCACCAAUAACCUCACCCUUGCCUUUUUCAAAAUCACUGGUUUCGAUCCAGCGACUCCUUCCGAUAAAAUACGCCAAGCGGCUCUUGUUGCAUUUCCGGAUAGAGGGUAUCCCUCAGUCAGGGAGAAUCGUCAGAAUAACUUGACUUGUAGGACAUGGGCUCUCAAGGUUCUGCGCAUUCUCAUGGAUGGGGGCUGGCUGGUUCGCAACGACAUUCCAGAGGUCAUCGAAGAUAUUGUCAAAAAACGUAGUAUGGAGGUGGAAGGGAACUUAGAAUGUUUUACUGAAUCUGUUGUCGUAGAUAUCUAGUAGUAGAGAUAUAUGACUUUGAGGCAUAUAUGGCAGCAGGAUGAUCACCGCAAGAUGCCAUUUGAAUUCACAAACACUUAAUACGUAUAUGUAUGCUACAUAGUAGACAAGUCUGAAGAGGAUAUAGAAACAUGAAGAUGGUG